AUGGCGUCGCGAUCCGCGUUGGCCAGCGUGCCCACGGCCGUGGCGGCGUGCGCGUCGUCGUGCGGCGCCACUCUCGCCGCUGCGGCUGCGCCGCUCCUCGUUCCAUCCGAUCCCUUCGCCGCGCUUGAUCAGCGUGAAUUGUGGCGAGUAGAUCCUGCGCGCGGCUCGUUGGCGACCGCUGCUUCCCCACCGGAUCAGACGGCGACUGAUCUAUCGCGAUCGGUCCUGUCAGAACAUCCACCUUCCCACCCGUCCGCCGCUCCCGCCGCUCGUGUCUCGUCCGCCUUCGUUUCUCCCCCGCUCGUAGCCCACAUCCAAUCGCGCGUCGCCGUCCCUCCAGCAUCCACAGCCUUCCAUCCGGGAUCGGCAGGAUCUCGUCAUCCCCUAGCCGUCCGUCCAGGUUGCGGUGGUUACCACCGCAUCCUCACCAAUGACGUGGCUCGCUCGUUCCUUCGCCAGAUCUCGCUGACGUCAUCAUGGCCAUCUCAGCGCAGUUUUAGCGGGUGCAGAGCAGCGGGAUCAACGGCUAGCAUUUUCCCCCGAUCAACGGCUGGAAUAGAUCCCGGAUCUUCGGCUAGUAGCAGCGAUCGGAAGGAUGCGGGAGAGGAGGGCGGGGCGGCAGUAUCUGGGUUAGGUGGGUCGUCUUACCGCGACGUGCUGAGUGUAGCUGCUGACGAUCUUGCGCAGUCGCACGAAAGCGAUGAUGUCUAUAGCGAGGCACUGCAGCAGGCGGCGGGGCUGGCGACGCUGGCGGAGCUGUACGAGGCGCAGGAGAAGCUCGCCAGGAGCGCGCGCUUCCGCGAAUCGGUUGCGCUCUUCCGCGCGUGGAUGCGCAAGGACAAGGGCGCGGGCGCAGGGGGAGGCGCAACCGAGGCAGGGGGCGCUCCUGCGCCGGCUGCUGGUGCUCACGAGUUUGAGGCGCAGCUACGGAAGGAGCGCGAGGAGGCGCUGCCGCUAAUGACGUGGCAGCUGUACCUGCACGCGCUGAUGCAUGUGGGGCCGCCCGUGCAGGCGGUGCAGCGAGUGGUGCGAGCGAUGAGGGAGAUGCGCGCGCAGGGCGCGCAGGGCGUGCGGGCGUCGAAGGACACGUUCCACGUGCUGCUGCGCACCGCCCUCGCCCGCCGCGAUGCCAGCGCCGUGCUGCUCUUCCUCACCCACAUGGGCGAUGCGAGGGUGGUACCAGAGGCGGGCAGCUACAGUGAGGCGGUAGCACUGUGUGCCAAGGAGCGCCGCAUGCAGGCGGCGCUGCAGGUGGUGGCGGACAUGCGCCGCGCGCGCAUGGUGCCGUCCCCCCGGGCCGUGUCGGAGCUGCUGGCCACGUGCGUGCACACACGGCGCUCACGGGACGCCAUCACGGUGCUCGAGGUGGUCAAGGCGCACAAGAUAGAGAUGGAGGGCCGGGCCAUGGAGCAUGCGCUCAUGACGGCUGUGGACACCGAGGACUAUGACUGCGCUUAUCUCGCCAUGCAGCUGAUUCAGGAGCAGCGUGAGUACGUGCACGACGGGCUCAUGCUGCGAGUGGCCAACAUGGCGGCCAGGGCGGGUCACACGCCCCUCAUAGAGCACGUGUGGGACCGCCUCGUGCGCCGCCCCUACGCGCCCUCCCCCGCCUUCCACCUCGCGCGCAUCCACGCCUACAGCGCUGCGGCCAACUUCCCCUGCGCCUUCCGAGCCGCGCUGCACCUGCAGGACUUCCUGCUGCACCCCUCGCUCGCGCGCCCCAACGACCUCCCCCCCUGGUUCCACGCCUUCCCCAAGUUCCGCCCCGGUGCACCUGGUGCUCCCCAGGACGAUUGCUUUCGCUACACGCUGCCGCUGCCGGGAGCGGCUGGUGCUGCAGGUGCAGGGGGUGAGGGGGAGGGGCUGGCGGGGGGAGAGGGGGGGGUGACAGGUGGCGGCGCGCCAUUGGAGGAGCUGAACCCGUUCACGUCACUGCGGCCGCUGACGCUGGCGCUGUGCUCCAGCGUGGAUGUGCUCGAUAAGGGCUACAGCAUGUUGGAGGGCAUGCACGCGCAGGGCGAGGUGGUGGCACUGGCAGCACUCAACUGCGUGGUGGCGGGGUGUGCCAUGCAGCGCGACGUGGGGCGCGCUCAGCUCACCUUGGAUGAGAUGACGCGCACCUUGGGCCUGCAGCCCGACACACACUCCUUCAACGCGCUCAUGGACUGCUACUCUCGGCCGUCGCUGACGUGCGCACGGUGGUGCAGCUGUUUGAGCACAUGA